GUAAUCUUUUUCAGCCAUUUAUUACAAUACCUUUUCGCUAUCCCAUAUAAAACAUAAAUAUUUCUUUAUUCUUAUAUAACUUAUGCAUAUUUUGCGUAUUAGUUAUAGGUGGUCUAGUAAUUAUUUACCUAGUAACUAGACUGUAUCUCUCACUUUUUCACAACAAAAUUUUUCGAAAAUGACUGACAAACAAAGAAAACCCAGUGAAAAGAAUAUUUUUAUUUAUUUUGCUGCAUUAACUGCUUCUCUAGCUUCCUUCGCCAUGGGCAUGUCCUUCGCUUGGGCAUCGCCGUUCAUUCCAAAAUUCCAAUCGGACGAUCCAGUAAUGAAUCCAAUUGGAAGACCAACUAGCCAACUAGAAUCCACUUGGAUAGUUUCCGCCUUUAAUGUGGGAAUGAUCUUUGGACCCUUGGUUACCAUGAUCGGACUAAGAUGCUUUACCAAAAAAACCAUGUUAAUAGUCGCCAUAACGUUUAAAACCACUUCAAACGUGAUGUGCCUUUUUGCCUCUGAAGUGUAUAUUUUCAUUAUCGCUCGCGUUUUAAUGGGCAUUGGAACUGGAUGCAUUUACAGCCUCUUAAAUCCGUUUAUUGGAGAAAUUUCCGAGGAUAGCAUUAGAGGCAGUUUGGGGCUACUGCCAGGUACCACCACGGUCUUAGGUAACUUAUUUACUUUCGUAGUGGGACCUUUAAUGUCUUUGAAAUGGUUUAGCUUGGUCAGCUUAAUACCCUUAUUGAUUUUUUAUGUAUGUUUUGGAUUAUUUGUGCCCGAUACACCGUAUGAUCUUGUGAUGCACCAGAAACCCCAGCAGGCCGCUAUAAGUUUAAGAAAAUUGAGACAGAGGGACGACGUGGAAACGGAAAUGCUUAAUAUCAUUUCAACGAUAGAAUCGCGUAUGUCUAAAAAAGUGUAUUUUACUGACGUUUUUCGGGAUUAUAAUAGCCGAAAAGCGCUUGCGCUUUGUAUUAGUUUAAUGGUCAUCCAGCAGCUGUCAGGGAUAACUGCUAUUUUAAGCUAUGCAGAAGUCAUUUUUAACCAAACUGCCCGAUUAAUUCCUUCAUCAUUGUCUGCUGCAACGUUAUCUUUGGGAGGUUUACUAGGUAAUUUAUGCAGCGUAUUCUUGGUAGACAGACUUGGAAGAAAAAUAUUAUUAACGGCAUCGAGCAUCUCGCUCUGCACCUGUCUUAUCUCGAUUGGAACAUAUUUCUAUCUCUAUGUUAAUCAACACGAUGUUUCUUCUAUUAACUGGCUGCCAACUAUCAGUCUUAUGUUAUUUAUGACGUCAUAUAACAUUGGUAUGUCGAACAUACCCUGGUUGUUCAUUGGAGAAGUAUUUCAUUCCAAGGUAAAACCCGUGGCAGCCACCAUGGUAACAUUGAGUAAUUGCGUUAGUGCAUUUAUAGUUUGUUUGUGUUUUCCUUAUAUGUUGGCUCACAUCGGUAUGGCUUAUACGUAUUGGGUUUUUGCCUGUGUGAUGCUCCUUGGGGUGCUUUAUAGCAGCCUCGUCCUACCAGAGACCAAAUGCAAGAGUUUUCAAGAGAUCCAGAAGAUGCUCGGCAGAUCUUAAUAUAGUGAAUUAUUCUGUCAAGUUAUGUAAAUAAAGAAUAUUAGAAAAUA